AUGUGGAAAUCCAGCGCUGCAGGGUAUAAUCUGCAUGGAAAUCCCGUGUUGCGGGAUAGUGGAUGUAGAGAUACCGUGUUACCCUUGCCGGACAAUCCAUGUGAAAAUCCAGUGUUGCAGGGCAAUCGACGCGAAGAUUCAAUGUUGCUAAACAAUCGGUAUGGAGAUUUCGAAGAAAACAGUGCAGAGAUCAACAAAUAA